AUGGAGGCAGGGAAGGCUCGGCGGCUGGAGGCAGGGGCGCUGCAAGGCAGGCUCGCUGGCGGGCGCAAGGCGACGACGGAUGACCUAGCCGCCUCUUCCCCGCACCCGCGCCCUCAACCCCCGUCCUCCCGCAUCCCAGCCCCGCUCGCCCCAGCCCUCUCCCCGACCUCUCCCUCCACCAGACCUUGCAGCCCCGCCCACUUCGCCACCACCAACGCCCCGCAGACCUCGCCGCCGCCGACGCCCCUCAGACCGCGCCGCCGUGGACCUCUCUCCUCGUCUCCCUCGCACCACGCCGCCCGCAGCCUCGACCUCUCGUCAUCAGAAGGGAAGGGAAGGGAAGAGAAGAGGGAGAGUGAGCAGGUGCACGGACGCGUCCCUGCUCCUCUGGUGGACAAGGUCGGUUCCGAUCUGGAUGAGUAG